CUUUAGGACAGGAGUGGAGAACUUUUUUUUGGUCGGAGGCUACUGACUCACAGAAAAAAAUCAAUCGGGAGCCACCCAAGUGAGAAGCAAAAAAACCCGGAAAAACCUCCAAAAACCCACAACCCUCAUUCAUAUGGCCUCCAACUGAAAUACUUCACUCUCCUCAUGGUGGGGAGAGGAUCAGGGAGGACUAAGAUUCUAGGACUCAGGCCAAGAUUUACUCUUCUGGGGUUCCAGGGAGUGAGGCGGAAGAAUAAUAUAUCCAAGUUAUUGACAUCAUGACAACCAUCAGACACAGAAAGGGAAUAAAAGUCACAGAAGUUUCUGAAGAUCAUCUUUCACAGGAGAAGAAUGUGAAGCCUGAUGGAAAAGUUCUAUCUGGUGGAAAGCUAUGGAAGAGACUUUCAUUUACAGUUGGUGGAACUGUUGCUAUAUUGCUUGGACUUCUUACUUCUGUUUAUCUUGCUACUCUACAUGAAAAUGACCUGUGGUUUUCCAAUAUUAAGGAAGUAGAACGGGAAAUUUCAUUCAGGACAGAAUGUGGAUUAUAUUACUCCUACUACAAAGAGAUGCUGCAGGCUACAUCCAUCCAACAAGGUUUACAUGGCUUAAUAUAUGAUAAUAAAACUGAAUCUCUGAGGACAAUUAACAUACUUGAAAGAAUGAAUGUUUAUCAGGAAGUGUUUCUCAGCAUUCUGUACAGGAUUCUCCCCAUUCAGAAGUAUUUAGAUCCUGUUUAUUUUUAUAUCUACACUUUGUUUGGACUUCAGGCACUUUAUGUCAUUGCUUUGUAUGUGACCAGCUGGCUUCUUAGUGGAACAUGGCUUUCAGGUUUGUUAGCGUCUUUCUGGUAUAUUACAAACAGAAUAGAUACCACAAGAGUAGAAUUCACCAUUCCAUUAAGAGAGAACUGGGCACUGCCAUUCUUUGCCGUUCAGAUAGCAGCAAUCACAUACCUGUUCAGAUCUCAUCUACAGCCUCUUCAUGAAAAACUAACACUUCUGGCAGUGUUUAUAUCAACCUUUCUCUUUAGCCUGACUUGGCAAUUCAAUCAGUUUAUGAUGCUGAUGCAAGCAUUGGUAUUAUUCAUAUUGGACUGUUUUGACAUGCUUCCCACGACAAAGGUUACAUGGGUCUACAUUAUACAAUUAACAGGCAUACUACUGGUCUGUGUUCUACAGUUCUUUAAUUCCAUGAUUCUUGGAUCUCUACUUAUAAGUUUUAAUGUAUCUGUCUUACUAGCAAGAACAUUUCAGAAAAACAUGAAAAUAGGAUGCUUACUUAAUAGACUUGGGAAACUUUUCUUCCAUGUACUCAUGGUGUUAUGUUUGACUUUUCUAGUUAAUAACUUCAUUAAGAAGAUGCUUAAUCUUGAGUCAGAUGAACAUAUAUUUAAAUUCCUGAAAGCAAAAUUUGGAUUUGGAGCAACAAGAGAUUUUGAUGCUAACUUAUACCUCUGUGAAGAAGCAUUCGGUCUGCUGCCAUUUAAUACUUUUGCAAGACUCUCAGAUACAUUACUUUUUUAUGCCUACUUAUUUGUUCUCCUACUUAUGGCAAUAGCAGCUUCUGUUGUUGCUUUUCAGAAUCUCAGUGGUUCAGCUAAUGUCCACUCCAUUGAUAAAAUGGAAAUCUGCACAAUGAUACUGAAGCCUGGAGCUGCCUAUAACUUAAUGCACACAAUUCUGUUUGGAUGCCUAGCUUUAAGCACAAUGAGAAUGAAGUACCUUUGGACAUCCCAUAUGUGUGUAUUUGCUUCUUUUGGUUUAUGCAGUACUGAAGUUUGGGGAUUUGUUCUGAAAUCUGUUCGUCUCUACACACCACAGCGGCUAUUUAUCAUUAGGUAUUUGGUUCCAAUAAUCACAUUGCUGUACCUUUCCUAUAAGCUCUUAAAGCCACAGGCUCCCAGGAUAAGGCUUGUGGCAGAAAGCUGGCCCUGGGAACUGCACCUCACUGCACAGCUCAGACUGCCACACUUACCCGGACCCACUGGCCCUCAGAGGGAGCAUGCCCAGGGCUCCCAGGACCUGCCAGGGACACCAAAAGGCAUUCACUGUCAUGGUCUGGGAGGCAGUGCCGCAUGGAGCCCGGGUUAAGCCAAACUGGAAAAGGAGGAAGAAACUGUCAGCACCAUCACCCUAACCCUGGAGCUGGUACUCCAGGGCCUGGAUGUCUCCCAGGCAUCCUCUGAGGCCAGGGAGGAAUUAUCAGGUGAGUGCUCUUAGUUUUUCACACACACAGGGUGGCGGAGGCGGGCGCUGAGGGGCUGGGGUACGAUCGUCGCUUGGCCUUCUCGUCUUGACCCUUGCAUUGCAGUUUGUGCAUGUGGAUGCAAGUGCGGCACCAGUAUGCACCACACAGCCCCACGAGGCAGCCCCAAGCCCCCCAGGCUCUUUCUCACAGGCUCUGUGGAGGCCACACACACAUCUGGCUCCCGGCAGGGGGACACGCCCUCCCACCACCAGCCACCAUUGGAAGCAUGAUGGGUACAAGGACACACAUAUGCCUGAGACAGACUGAGGAGUGUGGCACAUGGGUAUGCCUGCCUUCUCAAGGUACCACCUGCUACCAAGGACAGCGCUGCCAGGCACAGGUGUGUGUGUGGCCCUGAUGGAAGCCCAAGCUGCUCCAGGACCCUCUCCCACCCAUGAGAUACUAGAGUGGCCAGACACUUCCCUUGCGAGCUUGUCCAUGGGACGGCGGGAGGGGGUCGAGAAAUGUGGUCCCCUGGGCACCUCUGAGCCCCUGUGAGGCCUUGCUCCUGGGACCUCACCAUUGUCAUGAU